AAUCUCCAGUUUGACAGAUGGCGCUGGACGCAGCUCAUGUCAUCGCUUCAAGCGCAGAGGAAGAAAAUCGACAAAACGCGGGUUAAAACAUCACAACAACAAUCUUCACAGCGAGUUUGAUUUAUGUAAAGUAAUGGCAUCCAAGAAGCCCUUAAAUAUACGUAAAGUUGAGAAAACGGCGUCAAGUGACUCAAAAAACUUAUCCACUGAAAAUGAAGCCAGCAACGGAAAUAACAGUGGUGCAAGGAGGAAAACCAAAACUACAGUUGUAAAAUCCAGAUACAUGCAAACUGAAACAAAGGCUCCUGUCAAGAGUGUUUUACAGCAGCAGUCAACACUGAAGCCACCCAAACCUUCUUCUCCCAGAGUAAACAACACACGAAAGACAAAAGAUAGCGUACUAUCCAGACGUACAAUGGGCAUAGAUUCUACCUUGGUUUCCAGUCUCCUGGAAUCCUCCAAUUUGGGAGGAAGUGUCUUUCAGUCCACUGUUUUGGAUGGCCACUGCAUACGUCCAGAUUUUGAUGUCUCUGUCAUUAAAGAUAAAGUUCCACCACCGAGCACAGCGGACCCCAAGAAUGAAGAUCGGGACAUUGGGAUGGAGACAUUUUUAUUGGCCUUUAUCACUGCUAAUAUGGAGCAUAGUAACCGGAAACUGAGAGAGGAGGCAGAGAAGAAUAUUCUGACCGUGAUGCAGAAAGAGCAGCAGCAACACACAGAAGUAAACCCCAAGAAGCGUCAGUAUCUGCUGCUGCAAAAGCAGAAAGAGCUCAACAGUUUACUGGACUUACAGAUUGAGGCUUUAACUCCUGUUGCUGCUGAGGCAAACACAUUUGCAGAGGAGUACAAGUCAUUCGCCACAGCCAUUGAUGCCACCAGACACAAGCUUCCUGUGAAAGACGUGCACAUUGGAGAGGACGCAGGGCAGUUUUUAGAUGAAGCAGUCAAAUGUCUGAAUGAAAGCGAGAAUGUCUUAAAGCAGUAUACUAAAGACAUUCCCACUGAUUGUGAGGCUUCAACAGUGUGUCUCAGAGAUAUUAAAAACAGAGCAAUUGACAUCAGCCAGCAGUUGACCAGGGGAUUUUCAGAUCUUAUGGAGGUUUCUUCGUUAGUAAGCCGGGAGACAGUUUUAGUUCAGCAGUCACUGGAGGAAGAGCAGAUUGGAGAGAGCACAGCACAUACACUCUUCUGUCCUGCCACCUCAUGAAAUGCUGUAUGAAUAUUGCAUGUGUUGUUCAACUAAAAUUAAAAAAAUAUCAUUGUAUUGUAAAUAAUAUUGAAUGGAUUGCAGAGUGA